AUGGAGGCCAUCAAGAAGAAGAUGCAGAUGCUGAAGCUGGACAAGGAGAACGCCCUGGACCGGGCGGAGCAGGCGGAGGCUGAGCAGAAGCAGGCGGAGGAGAGAAGCAAGCAGCUGGAGGACGAGCUGGCAGCCAUGCAGAAGAAGCUGAAGGGCACCGAGGAUGAGCUGGAUAAGUACUCGGAGGCCCUGAAAGAUGCCCAGGAGAAGCUGGAGCUGGCAGAGAAGAAGGCAGCCGACGCUGAGGCAGAGGUGGCCUCCCUGAACCGCAGGAUCCAGCUGGUGGAGGAGGAGCUGGACAGGGCCCAGGAGCGCCUGGCCACAGCCCUGCAGAAGCUGGAGGAGGCUGAGAAGGCUGCAGAUGAAAGUGAGAGGGGCAUGAAGGUGAUCGAGAACAGAGCCCUGAAGGACGAGGAGAAGAUGGAGCUGCAGGAGAUCCAACUCAAGGAGGCCAAACACAUCGCUGAGGAGGCUGACAGGAAGUAUGAGGAGGUGGCUCGGAAGUUGGUGAUCAUCGAGGGGGACCUGGAGCGCACGGAGGAGCGAGCGGAGCUGGCGGAGUCGCGGUGCCGGGAGCUGCGGGAGCAGAUCCGAGGGCUGGAGCAGAACUUGAAGGGUUUGGCUGUGGCUGAGGAGCAGUACUCCCAGAAGGAGGACAAAUACGAGGAGGAGAUCAAGAUCCUGACAGACAAACUGAAGGAGGCUGAGACCAGAGCAGAGUUUGCUGAGCGCUCGGUGGCCAAGCUGGAGAAAACCAUCGAUGACCUGGAAGAUGAGCUCUAUGCCCAGAAGCUGAAGUACAAAGCAAUUAGUGAGGAGCUGGACCACGCCCUGAAUGACAUGACCUCCAUAUAAGCUGAAGUCCACCAAGGAGGAGCAGCUCUGCACGCAGCGGAUGCUGGACCAGACCCUGCUGGACCUCAACGAGAUGUGACCGGAGCCAGCCCCGCCCC